AUGUUCCAUUUAGCCAGGCGAGGGGGGCGGCGGUGCGCGCGGGCCGCGUGCGGGGCUAGGGAAGCGCGCGGGCCGGGGCCGGGGCCGGGCCGGCCCUUGCCGCGUUGGGACGGGGAGCGCCCGAGUCGCCGCGGCUUGCUCCCCGCGGCCGCGCCUCACGCUUGCCCGCCUCUCUCCCCAGCAGAAGAAGCGCUCUUCCAGCGAUGGGCGUCUCAGUACAAAAAGCCAUACAGCCCUGAAGACAAAGAGUACCACCGGCGGUUUCAGAUAUUCAUGAGCAAUAAGCAGCGAAUCGAUAAGCACAAUGCUGGCAACCACACCUUCCAAAUGGGUCUGAACCAGUUUUCAGACAUGACGUUCUCGGAAUUCAGACAAAAAUACCUGUGGCAUGAACCGCAGAACUGCUCAGCCACCCAGGGCAACUUCUUCCGCAGCCCUCAGCCAUAUCCGAGGGCUAUAGACUGGAGGAAGAAAGGAAAUUAUGUGACGCCAGUGAAAAAUCAGGGUCCCUGUGGCAGCUGUUGGACCUUCUCCACCACUGGCUGCUUGGAGUCUGCCAUUGCCAUAGCAACAGGAAAACUUUUAAAUCUGGCCGAGCAGCAACUGGUGGACUGUGCUCAGGACUUCAACAACCACGGAUGCAGUGGGGGCCUCCCCAGCCAAGCAUUUGAAUACAUCCUGUACAACAGAGGGCUCAUGGGUGAGGACACCUACCCUUACCUUGCAAAGAACGGCACGUGCAGGUUUGAUCCCCAUAAGGCCAUCGCGUUUGUCAAGCAAGUCGUCAACAUUACGCUGUAUGAUGAGCUGGGCCUGGAGGAAGCCGUGGGGAGGUACAAUCCAGUGAGCUUUGCCUUUGAUGUGACAGAUGACUUCAUGCACUAUCAAAAGGGGGUUUACUCCAGCACACAGUGUGGUAAAACUCCAGACAAAGUGAAUCAUGCUGUCCUCGCCGUAGGCUAUGGAGAGGAGAUGGGCCUUCCCUACUGGAUUGUCAAGAACUCCUGGGGUCCCGACUGGGGCAUGGACGGGUACUUUUAUAUUGAACGUGGAAAGAACAUGUGCGGCCUGGCUGCCUGUGCAUCAUAUCCCGUCCCCCUUGUCUGAAGCAGGACUAGAUUUUCCGUAUCGGAGAGCUGGUAUUGCUGCGUCCAGAAAGAGAGGUCCAAGAAGCAUCAUUCCUCCUCGGCACUCUUUGAUCUUGAGGAGCUGUUCAUUUGGACACGCACUUCUUCCGCAGCCGUGGCAGGUCCUGCGUGGUGGUCCGGUCAAGAGCAGCUGUGCCUUCCCAGCUCCUCCUGUGCCCUGCUUUUCAAACUUAAUAAAAUCAUGCCCUGUU